GAGUCAUUCCCGGGAAUGAGAGAGCCAGUUGCUCCAGUUACUCCUGGCCAGGUGAAUUCUGCCUCUCCGAUCAGGUACCACAAAACAAGGCGAUUGGAAGCGCAGAAGCUUACUUCCAGAUAUGGUUUAUUUAACCACCUUAUCGCAAGAAACACUCCCGUGACUGCUUUUAGUCUCAGGAUGCAUUUUGGAGGAGUCUGAGGCACUUCCGCGAUGCAGCUCAGAGACAACCGGAGGGCGACAGCAGGGACAGCAGAAUGUAACACUGGUGCUGCCCACACCAAGGCCUGGACCUGCGGCUGCCAGAGGGACUCCUGAGGCACCUCGGCUGACGACACACCACAAAUAAUGGGGUACAACCUGUCCUAUGGACCACUGCCAGAGGAACACCUGAGCGCAGUUGCCAGCGCCGCCCCCAACCGCUCUGUGGGCCCCCCUGGGAACACCACGCAGGACGAGUUCACCACCAUCGUCCUCCCUGUGCUCUACCUGGUCAUCUUCCUGGCAAGCAUCCUACUGAACGGCCUGGCGGUGUGGAUUUUUUUCCACAUCAGAAACAAAACAAGCUUUAUAUUUUACCUCAAGAACAUUGUGGUCGCAGACCUUCUCAUGACACUGACGUUCCCGUUCAAGAUAAUUCAGGACUCCCAGCUGGGACCGUGGCACUUCAACUCGUUCCUGUGCCGAUACACAACAGUUCUGUUCUAUGCCAACAUGUACACCACGAUCGUCUUCCUUGGGCUCAUCAGCAUCGACCGCUAUCUGAAGGUCGUGAAGCCCUUCGGGGACUCCAGGAUGUACAGCAUCACCUUCACCAAGGUGCUCUCCGCCUGCGUCUGGGUGGUGAUGGCCUUCCUCGCCCUGCCUAACCUCAUCCUCACCAACGGCUACCCCACUAGGAGGAACAUCGAUGACUGCAUCAAGCUGAAGUCUCCCUUGGGAGUCAAGUGGCACACAGCCGUCAUUUACAUCAACACCUGCACCUUCAUGGUGGUGCUGGUAGUGCUCAUAGGGUGCUACAUUGCCAUAUCCAGGUACAUUUAUAAAUCGAGCAAACAGUUCAUUAGCUCAUCGAGCAGAAAGAGGAAGCAUAACCAAAGCAUCAGGGUUGUAGUGGCUGUGUUCUUCACCUGCUUCCUGCCGUACCACUUGUGCAGGAUACCCUUCACUUUCAGCCAUCUAGAUAAACUGCUGGACGACUCUGCACAUAAAAUCCUGUAUUACUGUAAGGAAAUGACACUGUUCCUGUCUGCGUGUAACGUCUGUCUAGACCCAAUCAUUUACUUUUUCAUGUGUAGAUCAUUCUCACGAAGGCUGUUCAGGAAAUCAAAUAUGAGAACAAGGAGUGAGAGCAUCAGGUCUCUGCAGAGCGUCAGGAGGUCUGAAGUGCGCAUCUACCACGAAUACACCGAUGUCUGAGCACCCCACACACGGACCUGUGCUGCUUUCUGAGGGUAUUUGUACAGCAUGUAAAUAAAACCUGUCUUUGGGUAUCCGA